AUUCUCCGGUGGAAACUGCUCGACACUGUUCCGAGGAACGUGGAGCUGGUCAGACGGACAGUGCCUUUUCCAGCGUACUUGCAAGUGAAAAGCUCACUGUUAAUUAGGUGUGUCAGCUUUAUUGGUCUUAAAGUUGCAAAAGUUUAUAGUGAUAUCCCUGAGAUUCAACGUAUUUUUUUGAGAUAAUAUUGCAGUGGGAGAUUUUGUGAUUUUCUUGGAGGAGUUACUCGAAAACACCUGAGUAUUUGAACAAUUGAAGAGGAAUUCUUGCCAUUAGUGAAGUGAAUGUCAACUGAACCAUGUGUGGCAGAAUACGACUUCUUGCAUUAAUUUUUCUUAAUCACUUUAUGCCACAGAUAUGUGGUCAAGAGCUUCUGCAGAGCUUGUUUGCCAUGACCAACAACAUAUACUUCAAUCAGUCUUUCAGGGACACGGUCGAAUUUCUGCCGGAGUAUGAUUUCAUUGUGGUUGGAGCUGGAAGUGCCGGUGCAGCAGUAGCAGGUCGACUAGCUGAAAUUCCUGAAUUUAAUAUACUUCUCCUGGAAGCAGGGCAGGACGAAACCAUCAUGACUGACGUACCCCUAUCGGCUAGUCUUAAUCAACUAACGAGCGCCAAUUGGGGCUAUAAACCUGAUCCAAGUCCUAUAGCAUGUGUUGGUCUUAAGGGUGGAGUUUGUAAUUGGCCAAAAGGACGAGUUAUGGGGGGUACCAGUGUUCUCAACUACAUGGUCUACAAUCGUGGUCAUCGAAAGGAUUUUGAUGGAUGGGCUGAAGCAGGAAAUGUGGGAUGGAGUUACAAAGAUGUGUUGCCGUAUUUUAAAAAACUUGAAAGUGUGAGAAUACCGGAAUUACGUGACCCUAAAUAUAGGGGUAUGGAUGGUCCGGUCACUAUAGAGCAUUCGUCUUUCCAAACCAAAAUGCUGAAGUCAUUUCUGGAGGCUGGUCAAAAACUCGGCUACAAGGUGAAUGACCCAAACGGAGCUGAAAUGUUGGGCUUCUCGAAGAUUCAAGCAAACCUGCGUAAUGGAAGAAGAUGCAGUUCUGCUAAGGCUUAUCUCAGACCAAUGGCCAAUAGGCCAAAUCUUCACAUCUCGAAGAGGAGUUGGGUAACAAAAAUCAUAAUAGAUCCAAUUACCAAGACCGCAACAGGUGUGGAAUUUCUCAAAAGGAAGAGGAGGUACAUCGUUAGAGCAUCCAAAGAAGUGAUCCUCUCUGCUGGAGUAAUAGGAUCACCGCAGUUGUUAAUGCUUUCAGGUGUAGGACCUACUGACCAUCUGAGUAGCCUUGGUAUACCAGUAAUACAGGAUCUCAAAGUGGGAUACAAUCUUCAAGAUCAUAUGUCUCUGCCAGGACUUGUAUUUCUCAUUGAUAAACCUCUAUCUGUACGAGAGAGGGAUGUUAACAAUCCCUUAACUGUAAUUGACUACUUUUUAUUCUCGCGUGGACCCUUCACACUUCCAGGAGGAUCUGAAGGUUAUGCAUUUGUAAAAGUUCCAAACUCAACACUGCCAAAUGACUAUCCUGACAUUGAGAUUGUCCUUGGAACUGGUGCCCUAAACAAUGAUGACUCAAGAGCAAUUGGUCAUCUGAUGGGCCUUCCUGAAGAAUUCUAUAGAAAGACUUAUGGGCCUAUUCUUGGAAAGCAUUCCUUUAGUUUAGUGCCAGUAUCUAUGAAAACUAAUAGCCGCGGAAGAAUCAGCUUAAAAAGUACUAAUCCCUUUCAUUGGCCAAAAAUGGUUCAUAACUACAACAAGGAUAAGGAGGACGUGAGGAAUCUGGUUGAAGGGAUAAAACUCUGUGUAAAAAUUGGAGAAAGUGAGAGUUUUGCUAAGUACGGAGCUCGCCUACAUAGAACACCCUAUCGGGGAUGUGAAAAUGAAAUAUUUGGCAGCGAUGAAUAUUGGGAAUGCUGCAUCAGAGAAAUUGGCUCGAGCCUGCAACACCAGGUCGGCACUUGCAAAAUGGGACCUUCAAGUGAUUCGAGUGCAGUGGUAAAUCCUUAUCUCCAGGUUCAUGGAAUUCGCAAUCUCAGAGUAGCAGAUGCUUCUAUAAUUCCUGUUAUUCCGGCAGCACACACAAAUGCUGUUGCGAUGAUGAUUGGCGAAAAGGCAGCCGAUAUGAUUAAAGAUUUCUGGGGGAAUUCUGUGUGAUUUCGAAGUAUCUCAUGAUUAAGUUUGGAUAUGGAGUAAAAGUGGCCUAGUCAUAAUUUUAAUCAAACAAAUGUUAGAUAGAAUUGCUUUAAAUAAAAAUUAAAAAUUCCAAAAUUAUAUUUAGAAUAAAAUAGAGUAUAGUAUAAGAUUUAUUGUUUUGUUAUCGAAAAGGUAAAUUAUAUUGCAAUGAAUUAGAA